UAAAUGCCAUCUGGGUGGCUCCUCUGGGUUUUUGAGUCCAUCACCCAGUUCAGAUCAGUCAGAGGCCAAGGAGGAGAACAUGAUGAUGGACCUUUUUGAAACUGGCUCCUAUUUCUUCUACUUAGAUGGAGAAAAUGUGACUCUUCAGCCAUUAGAAGUGGCAGAGGGCUCUCCUUUGUAUCCAGGGAGUGAUGGUACCCUAUCCCCUUGCCAGGACCAAAUGCCGCAGGAAGCGGGGAGUGACAGCAGUGGAGAGGAACACGUUCUGGCUCCCCCAGGCCUGCAGCCUCCCCACUGCCCAGGCCAGUGUCUGAUCUGGGCUUGUAAGACUUGCAAGAGAAAAUCUGCCCCCACAGAUCGUAGAAAAGCAGCUACCCUGCGCGAAAGGAGGAGGCUAAAGAAAAUCAACGAAGCCUUUGAGGCACUGAAACGUCGGACUGUGGCCAACCCCAACCAGAGGCUGCCCAAGGUGGAGAUUCUGCGGAGUGCCAUCAGCUACAUUGAGCGGCUGCAGGACCUGCUGCACAGGCUGGAUCAGCAAGAGAAGAUGCAGGAGCUGGGCGUGGACCCCUACAGCUAUAAACCCAAGCAAGAAAUUCUUGAGGGUGCGGAUUUCCUGCGCACCUGCAGCCCCCAGUGGUCAAGUGUUUCUGAUCAUUCCAGGGGCCUCGUGAUAACUGCUAAGGAAGGAGGAGCAAGCGUGGAUGCGUCAGCUUCCAGCAGUCUUCAGCGCCUUUCUUCCAUCGUGGACAGUAUUUCCUCAGAGGAACGCAAACUCCCCAGCGUGGAGGAGGUGGUGGAGAAGUAACUCAGCCAGCAUUUGGAACAUUCUUCACUCAGCAGGAAGACCCCCUUUCCGCCUAAUCAUUUAGAUUAGGGCUCACAGAUGCCAGAGUUUAUGAAAGGCAAGAGAUUUAGUAUUAAAAAAGAAACUUCUCGCCACCUCAAGUGCAAGUCCUUCGCCUUGAGGCUUUUAGUAUGAUAAUUAUUAUUAUAUCGGAACUGCUAGUGGCUUAGCUCUAGAACCCUAAUUUUGUUUUUAGUUUGGUUGAUUUUUAUAUCGUAUUACCUUUUACUAUGAUCACGUGACCCUUUUCUGUCAGUUGCAAACGAAGUUCAUUCCUGUCUAAAUCAAAGAGGGAACGUUUAAUCUUAAUAGUAUUUAAUGUACUUUUGUAAAUAGUCUUAGAAUUUUCGUUUUUAUGUAAACCUAAAGGAUAUAUUUUAAACGUGGAAUUAAGCAUUGUAUAUAAAAUGUGUGAAGAUCCUGAUAUUGUAAUAUUAAAAUAUUAAUACGUUUCUACAUGUACAAAAGUGGCCUUAAUUUGAUUAAAUUGUAAAGACUAUAAGGACAUAUGUACAAAAACGAAUAGCCAUGUUUUAACUUAGAUACCACACGUGACCACUUUUUGGGGCCUCUUUUUUCAACCUAAUUUAUAGGGAGGAAAAUGAAUUUGGGAACUGUAAUCUCAAUUAAACUGGGCACUUUAAUUUACCAUGUAGAUUCCUCACUUGUCACUAGUAGAAGGGCGUAUCCAGAAAAAGUCUCUUCUCGCCUCUCUGUGGCUUUUUCUUUUUCUUUCUUUUUUUUCCCCCACACUGUUCUGUGGUUGGUGAUCUGGGUGGGAUUUCCUUCCUCUGAAAUUUAAUUGUAAAUAUACGAAAAUCUUUCAAAUUUCCCCCUAAGAAUUCUUUGUUCAUUUCCCUAAAUGUAUCCAAUUAAUUUGGCCCCAUUUAUUUAUUUUUCGCUCCGUGGUGUUCUGGACUGUUUCCAAGACUAGAGCUAAAGUAGCCAGGACCUACACGGGCCUGAUAGCCGGCUUUCUUGAACUAGACUAGCCCCCAGCAGACUGGAAUAUCUUCAAGUGCUCUUUGGUUUGAGUUUAUUUUCCAAACAGAAAGAUAAAAGAGAAGUGCAAUCUGGCUCUUGCAGAAGAGUGGACCUCCUCGAAAGGGGGAGGGGCUGCUUCAGUAGAUAGAAGGGUUAAAUGCUUGGUAGCAAAAGACAACAACAACACACAUGAAACCUCUUAACUGGACCAAAUAGCAAAGCCCCUAGAGAGCCGGAAACCCCAGGAGCUCCACUCCAUGAAGAUUUUACAACGUGUGCUGCUUCUGUUUUUCCUGUAACCUCAGGGGGAAAAAACGACCACCAAGAAACACAGUGGGGAGGAAAGCAGAGCCAAGCACGCCUGGUCUGCUAAACUGUGCCUUCGGUCUACCAUGGCCCGUACCUUCACCAUCACCGCUUACCAUCGACUGUCUUCCACUGCUGCUCGGUACUCUCACGUAAAAAUCAAAUGGAACCAAGCAUUUGCCAGCCUGGAUCCAUGCCCUAACUCUCCCUGUUGAGUAACACACAAGUUCCAGAGAGCACCACCGACACCGUACCCUGCAAACAGGCAGCUGUAUUUUGCCACCCUUUAAAAACCCUUCUUGGAGGUAGCUCUUGUUGACAAUCCCUUAUCCAAAAUGUAUAGAUGUUGGAAAUAUUUCCAAAUUCAAGGUUUUCCUGAGGUUUGUGAUAUUUGUGUAAAUGUUGAGGUUCAAUCUCUCUAACUCAGAAAUUCAACCAAUACCUGAAACUUUCUGAGCAUGAAUUCUCAGCAGGAGUGGGGGUGGAGGGUAGGAGUCGUUGGGGUGGGUGGGUCUUGGAGAAUUUUAGGUUUGUGGUACUGUGAUUGUGUCUGCCUUGCCUGUGACUAAUUCAUUUUCUGACCAUAUGAAAAUGGAUUCUUCUAAAAUACUUCAAAGUUCAGAGUGUUUGGUUGAGGAUACCAAUACUGGCAUAUAAUUCUUUUUUAAAAUGUUUGAGAGAGGCAGGUGGCUGGGUGGUCUAGGAAACCUACUGAGUCUAUGUGAGGACUCUUUACCUAAACUAAAUCCAGACUGCUACUAUACAACCUGAGCUGAUUAGUCCUGAUUUCUUGUUUAUAAAACAAUGGGAGAGAGGCUAAUCCCUUUCUCAUGGGCUUGUGAAACUUCACAGAUAGCACAUGAAGACACAAACUGACACUAAGAUCAAUUCUUUUUAUGUUAUAUUAGUAAAUUCAAUUGGCCAUCAAAAAGCGUGUCACUCCAAACUGAAGCUUCUUGUCCUUGCUGACUCCAGUCAGGAAGAGUAAUCAAUCAUACUGAGCAGGAGGAUGCGCCAUCUUUAGUCUUGUAUUAAUGCAGUCCGACUAUGACCCAGUGAGAGCAGCAUUUAUUACUUGGCCAUAAGUCAACUAUACCCUCAACUACUUACUAUGCUGCAUCUAGAAAGAGACGCCUUGGCAACUAUGGUCCAUAGAAUUAUUUGGCUCUCUUUGACAGUUUUUCCUGCAGACCUCUUUCUCAAAGCACAGUGAGUUAGUAAACUCCAAGUUACAGCAUGACUUUGAAAACUAAAUGCCAAAGCAUUCCCUAGUCAAAUUACCCAACCAAAAUAUACAUAACUCACUCUGGGUGGUCUCCAUCUUUACUAACUAUACAUAUUUUAUAUCUGAAUAUUUUUAUCAUCCAAAGGAUUUGCCCUAAAAUGUGAUUCUCUACCAUUAUUUUCAAAGACUGGGUUCUCUGUGCAAUUGAUAAGUCAUAACUGAUCAAGUAAAUAUAUUUAUCUUAGAUUAUUUAUAAGAAGACUUACAGUUGAAUUACUCUGCAUCAGAAUGCUUUUAUCAAUUCCUGGUCGUCCCUUGUUGAUAGAUUUUAUUUGGUCUUUGCAAACCAAAUCCUCUCUAUCUUUCUUAGCUUGGGUAACUUGAGAAAUUGUUUGGAGUGAGGUUGCCUAUGAAAGACUCUUCAUUAAAUAGAGAAAAUAUUUUCCAAAGAGUUCAUAUGACCUUCAGUGCUAUAGCUGACAUGUUAGGAUUUCCAAUGAAAUCCUUGGUGUGUUUGUGAUUUGAACUGUUUUUGUUUGAUAUUAAUGAUGAUAAUCUCUAACCAAGGUCAAAGACAAAAUAAACAAGACUAUGGAAGCAGAAAA